AGUUCUCGUCAAACCAAGGGAGAAUUUCUAUCUUAAAGCCACUGCAAGAAAGGAACACUAUAAAAGCUGGUUCUGCUUGAGGCUACCCUCCUGCUUUGUCUCCACUUUUGUAGUCAUCGUGGGUGAUGCUGCAGCAGAUCUAACAUCCAGAGCCCGGCAGUCCUCUAGGCAGGAGCAUUUGAAAACAAUCAUGGAUGACUAUGAUAUCAGGUCCGCUGCCAGCAUUUUGGCAUCUGUUAAGGAGCAAGAAGCUCGUUUCGAGCGGCUUACCCGUGCACUUGAGGAAGAGCGGCGCAAUGUCUCCUUGCAACUUGAGCGUGCCAGUCAGCCAGCAGACCGAAUGAGCAUUUGCAACAUUGGCAAUGGUCAGCCACUGGCAACCGCCUGGCAGCAGCUUGUACUGCAGGAACAAAGCCCCAGUAACCAGACAUCAAUAGCAAUGAUGCAAGAGCCCCAAGAAAUGGUAGAAGAGACAGUUACUGUGGAGGAAGACCCAGGCACCCCCACUUCCCAUGUGUCUAUUGUCACUUCUGAAGAUGGAACCACAAGGAGAACUGAAACCAAGGUUACCAAAAUGGUCAAAACCGUCACCACCAGAACAGUUCGUCAGGUGCCGCUUGGGCCUGAUGGCCUACCAUCAAUGGAUGGUUCAUCUCCCAUGGGCAGCUACACAGAUUCAAUAGACAGAAGGUACAUGAAGAAUGGGGAGCGAUACAUCACGCCACAAGCAUCAUCUACGUUAAAUAGAUCUUACAACAGCUACAAUGAUUCUUACCCUGAAAGCCACGAAGGCCAAUACCGACCUUAUGUUGGUCAUGAUGGUUACGGAGAUCUCUCUGAUAACUACGGCAGUUUGUCUCGUGGUGUCAACUACCGUCCUCGCUAUGCCUAUGUGCCAGGAAACAGUUACAGGCCUGAUGAUGGUAGCUUCACUUUGCCAAGCAGAAGGGAUAACUAUGGUCCUGUUGCCCAGCCUCAAGUGCCAGUGGGUAGCAACAUUGACUUGAACCGCUCCCAGCCAGAGCGCUUCCAGCCAGAGCCCUAUGGACUGGAAGAUGAUAACCGUAGCCUUGGAGUAGAUGAUGAAGGAUAUGAACUGGAUCCUGAUUACUCCUCUGUGAACCGGAGGACAUCGGCAGGUAUCCCAGAGAGAGGUAGACCUCACAAAGGAAGGGGCUAUGAUGACCCCAUCGAGACAGAAAUGGUUGAAGAGAGGAUCCCUUACCUUCACGGUGGCUACACAGCACCGCUGGCACAGCCAGAAAGAGGAAGCAUGGCCAGUAUCGACCGUCUGGGGAAGCGCUCCCCCUCUAUUGACAGCAUUCGUAAAGACCCCAGGUGGAGGGACCCUGACCUCCCCGAAGUGAUCGCCAUGCUCAGCCACCCUAUUGAUCCAGUGAAGUCCAAUGCUGCAGCCUACUUGCAGCACCUGUGCUAUGAGAAUGAUAAAAUAAAAAAGGACGUGAGGCACCUUAAAGGGAUACCUGUCUUGGUGGGCCUACUUGAUCAUCCAAAGCCAGAGGUCCAUCGUAAAGCCUGUGGAGCUCUCAGAAACAUCUCCUACGGGAAGGAUAAUGAAAACAAGGUGGCUAUAAAGAACUCUGAUGGAAUCCCUGCAUUGAUCAGACUAUUGCGAAAGACAAAUGACAUGGAAGUCAGAGAGCUAAUUACAGGCACCCUGUGGAACUUGUCCUCCUAUGAGCCCCUGAAGAUGGUCAUCAUCAACCAUGGUCUGCAGACGCUUACCAAUGAGGUCAUUAUACCCCAUUCGGGUUGGGAGGGUGAGCCAAAUGAGGACUCCAAGCCUCGUGAUGCUGAGUGGACAACUGUCUUCAAGAACACUUCUGGUUGCUUACGGAAUGUAAGUUCAGAUGGAGCAGAAGCACGCAGAAGACUGAGAGAAUGUGAUGGCUUGGUGGAUGCCCUUCUUCAUGCUCUACAGUCUGCAGUUGGCAAGAAGGAUACAGACAAUAAGUCUGUGGAGAACUGCGUGUGCAUCAUGCGGAACCUUUCCUAUCACGUCCAUAAAGAGGUCCCCGGUGCUGAUAAGUACCAAGAACUGGAUGCCAGUCAGGCUACAAGCACAGGAGGUUCUCAGAAGAAGAAGAAAGACGAUGCUGGUUGUUUUGGUGGGAAAAAAGCUAAAGAGGAGUGGUUCAAUCAAGGAAAGAAGAAUGGAGAUUUGGACAGGAAUUUUGAUACACUUGAUUUGCCUAAACGGUCUGAAGCAGCAAAAGGCUUUGAAUUACUGUACCAGCCAGAUGUGGUCCGACUGUACCUCUCCAUCCUCACCGAGAGUCAGAACUUCAACACUCUGGAAGCUGCAGCAGGGGCUUUGCAGAAUCUCAGUGCUGGCAACUGGAUGUGGUCCACAUACAUCCGUGCAACAGUGCGGAAGGAGAGAGGCUUGCCAGUGCUUGUGGAGCUGCUCCAGUCUGACUCUGACAAGGUUGUGAGGGCUGUGUCAAUUGCUCUGAGAAACCUUUCCAUGGAUCGUCGCAAUAAAGACCUUAUAGGUAGUUAUGCCAUGGGUGAGCUGGUAAGAAAUUUGCCCAGCAGGCAGCAGAGAUCUGCAAAGAACCUGGAGGAGGAUACAGUAGUUGCAGUGUUAAAUACCAUCCAUGAAAUCAUUACUGACAGCUCGGAAAAUGCAAGGUCUCUGAUCCAGACACAGGGCAUUCAGAAGCUGGUAGCUAUCAGCAAGUCAAGCCAGUCUCCCAGAGAAACAAAAGCAGCAUCUCACGUUCUUCAGAUGAUAUGGAGCUAUAAAGAACUACGAAACGCACUGCAGAAGGAUGGGUGGAACAAAUCCCACUUCCAGUCUGUUUCCGCAACUCCAAAGGGUUCCAAAGGUACUGCUGGCAGGUCUGGCUAUGACGACAGCACUUUGCCGCUGGUGGAUAAAAGUCAAGAUAACGAGAAAGCUGGGAGUCGCGAUAUGAUACCUAUGGUGAGCUCGGCCCAGGGCUAGAGUCCAACCACAUUUUUAUUUAAUCGAGGGGGAGAAACAAACAUUGAAUCGACACGGAGGAUCUCAUCAGUCACUACUGCCAUUCAGGUUUGGAGGGCGCUGCAUCACUGACCAGGCUGCAGAUUCCAGGAGGAUGCGGGGAGAACACACUCAUGUGACUGCCGUUGCUAACCCCAGGGCACCUGCCUUACAGCGAGACAAUUUGCUUUUUAACUGCGUUACAUUCCCACCAGGAAUAGCCACCACCUCCCCCUCUUUUCCAGUCCUGCAAGAAGAAAGUAAGCAAGGGAAAGGAACCCGAGCUUCCUUCUAGCUGGCUGCGUUCUUAGGUGACCCUUGGGUGUGGAUGGUGCCAAGAGUAAGAAAUGAAGGUGGCAAGGAGACAGCUUCACAAGUGAAAGAGAAACUGCGGAAUAUUGGAAAUAAUAUCAUAGGUGUAGCCAUGAAGAUAAUAGCACUUUUCUGGUUUGGGGCUCAUUGUUUUGGUUUUUGUUUUGGGGGAUUUCUUUUGAACUGCGAAUCUAACAUUUCUAAAGGCUUUUCAAAAAAUGUUUAGGUUUUCUUCAUUGUUUCCACAGAAAGUGCAGGAAUGUUGAGUGGGUUUAUUGGAUUUCAACAAAGGCAAAAAUGCAGAACAAAAACUAUUUAAACGCUGGUCAAAUGAACUGGCGAGCGGAUGACAAACUUGAUGCCAGCUGUAUAAUCUGCUUUUAGAGUAAGCUAUAUCAAUCACAGUGCUAUAUUAUCAUUAUAAUCUGGUGUACAAUGCCUUUUGGAUUCUGUAAUGGCUCUGUUCUUAUUUCCACAUACUGAAAAGCCGUUUAUUGAAAGUUUCGGUGUCCCUGGUUGAGAAAUCUACGCUGAGAAAUGGAGUUGGCUGCCUUUUUAUUUUCUUGUUCUCAAAGAUUGCAGUAAGAAGCUUCAACAUCUUAAAUGUGCCAGUGUUGCACUGAUGACGAUUAACCAUUUUUUUUUUGCCAUAGCUGUUUAACACAUGGGAGGAAAAUCGGAGCUUUUUCAUAGGAUUUCUCAUUUUGAACACUCAUUUUGAACACUUUAGAUGGGUCUGUCACGUAUAUUUGAUGUUAAAUUUAUCACUGUUGGAUCCAUGUUUGCUUUGGGUUAUAGAUCCUGAUGAAAAAUGCCACAAAUGGAGAACUGGUUUGGCAUUUGUUAAAUUGUCAUUGUGAUUUCUCUGUUCCUUUGGUUUGGUUUUGAGAUUACAUCUUUGAUUUGGUGUGAAAAUCACUCAUGUGCAAUCGUUCUCCUCUUAGAUGCCAAGGCCUGCUUUGUGUGAGGGGCAAUUUUUACCUCAGGAGAAGGUACUCUGCAUGUAUGGCAUUUGGUAAUGCCACAAAGUAAAUGACUUCAGAUCACUGAUUUUCUCCAGGCAUUGGUCAAGGAAGGGCAGCAGAUGAGAAUAGGAAGCAAAGGUCUCACAUCAGAGGACUUUUUCUGAUUUUAUUUGGUUGCCACUGUUCUUUGAUUGCCACAUUUCUUUUUAACAAGCUCCUAAAAACGGUGUGACUGGAAAGCACAUUUUUUAAUCUAUCAGUCAUCAUUUGUGGUUUUCAGUGGCUGCCGUUUCCUUUGUAAUUGAAGAGGGGAAAUAUCCAACAACCUCACCUCCCCCAAAAUAUUACUGUAAUAGUAAACAUCUAAAAUUUUUGUAAAAAAAAUUUAAAAACUUAAAAAAAGCGAGUACCAAGAGCUUUGUAUCUUCUUGAGUAUAUUAAAAUUUGUCAUGAAUACAUAUAUAAAAAUAAGUAAAUAAAAAUCUAUAUAUCUAUAUAUAUUGUUGUGCAGAGGAUAGGUUAACAAAACCACGUAAAGUAGUUUGCAGGAGAGGGGAAGCGUUUGUGUUGAUUCAGGGAAAAAAAAUGAUGCCAGAAGCUGUCAGUGAUUUCAAUGAAACAUAUGCUCGUUCACACCCUCCCUUUUUGACCCUGAUCUCCCACGUACAUUGCACUGGUCACUUCUGGAUCCUGGGGAAGGUGAAGUUGCUUGGAGCAAAUCAAGAUAGCAAAGAUUUAUUUUUUUUUUCACCUGCAUGAGAGUCCCGUUGGGCCAAAGAUGCUCAGCGUGUCAAGGGAAGCAAAGAUACAUCUGUGAUUAUCUGCAUUUGUGUUGGGGCAGUGUCUCUCUGUAUGUAGACAUAAAGCGUGGUGAUGAAACCAGUUACAUAGUCUGACUGUAUAUUAACUAUAUCAAUGGUGCUCUUUUCAUACUUGUUCUGCCAAUACGUGGAGACCCUUUUAACCAAGCUACACAGAAGAGUUUUAUAUCACUUUUGGUUAUGUACUUGGUGUAUUCUUUUUGUAUAUGAAAGGAUUUUUUUAAAAACACUCAGUAAUUAGCAAUGGAACUGCUUUGUAGCUGAUUAGAACAGUGUGAGAGAAGGGCCGUGCUGUCAGUCUGUCCCUGAUCUACUUCAAACCAUAUAUUUACCAAAGGAGUCUGAGCAAACGUUCACUUAAAAUAAAGACCUGACUGUUGAAAGGACUUUGUGAUUUAGUUAUCUUACAGAUACUUGAAAGCCAGUAAGAGGUUAAUGGAGGAGACUGCAGGAAGGGAGAAGUGAGAUGACUAGGGGCCAGUUAUGGCUAUGACCUCCUGUCCCUGAGAGUCAGUGGCUCUCGAAAGGGGGGGGGGGAGGAGGGGCCCUACAGGGACACUCAAAAUCUGGAUUGGAAUCUGCUUUGCUCUCUUUCACUUGUGGGCUAAAACCACCAAGGAGUUUUUGAGAAGCAAAUUCAGAGCCUAUCCCGCUUCCACAGAAAUCCUUUUCGUGCACCCUGGCACGGGCAGGCCUCCUGGUCGAGUUGGAAGGCCAGGUCUGCCUGGGGCCACUGUAGCAAACCCUCUGUUCUCCCGGGGGUAAGUGUGCAUGGCAGCCAGCAUAGUUGUAAGCAGACAACGCGGUUUAUUGCUACAGAAAAGCAAAGGGUGGGAUAUCGAGAAGUCAAAUACAAAGUCUAUGGGCCAAGACUUCCCUGGGAAUCACACAUCUUACCCUAUGCCUUACAGGAACGAUGAAUUCCCAAGUAUGUAGCAAUAACCCAUCAUUUAUGUUACUGUGGUAUUUUUUUCCUUCUCAGCAAACUGUUUGGGUAUUGAGAAAGACAGGUUUGGGAGGUUACUUGUGUGUAAGACUAUCACCAUGUGUUAUCAGCCCACCAGCUGAAGUCCAGAACAAGACACUUUAAACCCAGUCUGGUGAUUUAAUGUCCUUUUCUCUACGAGCUGGCUGGUGGGAUGUGCACCCACCCCUCGCCUCUCCUCUUGUUGGCUCAGGUGUGACCAGCUGUUCGAGCUGUUCUGGGACGGGGUGGAUGAACCCGUAGUUGUUGUGUUUGGCAGCAGGGACUGUAUGUAAAGAAGGGAAAGUGGCAGUGUGUGUGACUAAAGCUGCAGUAGGGUCUAGAGGCUCCUGCUAAAAGGCAGGCACUGCUUUUUAGGGCUGAGGCAUGUGACCUCCUCUUUUCUUGUUGGCUCCACUGUGAAAACUGGAGGGAAUCUGCCUGCAAAGGGCUGGGGUAGAAGAGAUUUCUACCUGCAAAAGUUCUAGUGGGAGAAAUGGUUGUAGAAGGAAGCGAUGGUGUUGCGAGACUCCUGCUAAAGAGGGCGAGGAAAUGUAAUGGCUCAGGAAGGUCUGAGCUAAAACAGGGGAGAGGGAGACAUCUGAUGGCAUGUGAUUACUGCAGAAUUUUCUUCCCGGGGAGGUGGCUUGCACAGCUUGUAGGCAUCUUCCAGAAGCUGUAGAAACACCAGUGUGUUCUCCCCUGGAGAAGCCUCAAGCUUCGUUAUUGAGUGUGUGAGCAAUUGUGCUCACAGCUUCCCGGGUGGGUCAGUCUGUCUGCAGAAUCUGAGAGUGAAAAGCAAGGCUUUUUAGGACAUUUUGUUUGUGUCUUGAUGUUAAGUAGCCAGAAGAGUAAGACAACUCUAGAUGUGUUGCCAGCUUGAAAUGCUCCCCAGAGAACAGCUUGGGCAGCCACAGGUCCUGAUUUUCAGUGUCUUCUGAGCAAAACAGCUGCGUUUCCUAGUUCUGCUCUUGGGCACACUGAUUCUGAAAGUGCCUGAAUUGGGAAAGCCACUCUGGUCUUUGUUGCUGAGAUGUCACAGAAUGAACUGAUCUGGGGACUGUGAGCUGUAAGGGGUAUCAAGAAAGCAGGGUUGUAGCAGGUUUGUUACAGCAGGUGAGUGAGUCCUGGGCAGCUCUGAGGAGCAGUUUUCUGUGGUGCUUUCUAACUUGCAAGGCUUAUGCUAGGCAAAGCAGUUUCCACUCCUAGAGCAGUUCCGUGAGAUUGAAGGUGGUGAGUUACUUUCUGUUACUUGCCUUAAAGCUGAGCGUAUCAGCUCGGCUACCUGUGAGUGGUGCACGCACUAAACCCUUCAAGUGAGCAAAGCCUCAGAGGCAGGUGGGCACAUUGGAGUGGUUACAGCCUCUGCCACUGCCCGACUGCCCUCUUGGUGAGAACUACAGUGUGCCAGUAACUCCAGCCAGCACCUUGUGCUAUGCAGUGAAGUCGUGCUGUCACAGGUUUUGAAGGUGUUUAGAUAGAUAGGCAUAGUUCUUGCAAAGUUUCUUUGUUUUGAUGCCCCUAAAAUCUGGUGUUUCCUUAUCUUUGACAGAGAAAUGCUCUGAUUUAUUGGUGCAGUAACUAAUCUAGUGCAUUUAAGGGGAAGGCAGUAUGAACCUUUUUUUUCUGUCUUAAGUUUUACGUCGGGGUAGGAUGUCCUGAAGUCCAGGGUGAGAAGGAAGAUGGCACAGAUACUACAAGGCCUGCCAAUCUGGUUCUUACUGUUCAGAAAAACAAAAUAACUAGACUAAGAAGCUUACUGGUAAUUAGUAGCUAAUGUGUUUGUAAUUAUCAUGUGCCUUAAAAUUUUCAUGGUAGGAGAAUAAAAAAAAUAAAUCAACAAUGUGUUUUCUGUAAUACUGCUCAACAUUCUCUCUGUAGUUUAGACUGGUGGGAUUUUGCAUUGUAUUUACACUGUACUAUAAACUGAAACCCUUAGAACGGUUUGAUUUUCCAAGUAUGGAGAGGAAAAAAAGGUGGAUUAUGCUUUUCAUAGAACAAAUGUUACCGUGACAGAAUGUAUGAUUAUUAUAGGAUCUUUCCAUAAUGCAGACAAGUAGAGAAUGCUUGUUAGAAACCAGGUAUGUAGGAUAACAAUUUGGUGUGUUUUCAAUAAACCAUGCCUGGAAAGAAUACAUGUGCCAUUGGUUAUCUUUUUGUUGCAUCAGUUAUCUCCAAUAUUCUUUGGGUUUGCAACAGCAGCUCUCUGUGGCAGGGGAUUAUUCAGCGCUAGCUCAGGUCAGCGCUCUGUGUUAGUAAAAGGUCACUGGGGUAAUGAGGGCAAUUUGAAUGCCCUUUAAACCAGUAUAGCUGAACACAUUUGAUUCAUUGCCAUAUGCUGGAGUUGUAGCACGAAGACUGUAAGGACCCUGUAGAUCAUGGGGUUUUUUCCUUUUAUUAUACAAGCAUAUUUCAGUGGGAAAGACAUCUGUGUCACUGUGGAAAGGCCUGCGCAUUCGGGACUGCAAGCUUAAGUUGCUGAUGGCUUUUCCAUUUGGGAAGUUAUUAACCUUUCCCAAUACAGUCAUAAAACCAUGUAACUUUUACAAAGA